CCCACACUUUCCCUACAUUUCUUCGGUGACGCUCAUUCUCUCUCUACGCCCAUUCCACACUGAUUUUGUAGAAUCGCCUUACAGAAAAAAGCUUCGUCAGGAGAAGAGAUGGCGGUUCAGCUCACCGACGAACAGAUCUCCGAAUUCAAGGAAGCCUUCUCUCUAUUCGACAAGGAUGGAGACGGUUGCAUCACCACGAAGGAGCUGGGGACUGUGAUGCGUUCUUUGGGACAGAACCCGACGGAGGCUGAGCUCCAGGAUAUGAUCAACGAGGUUGAUGCUGAUGGUAAUGGGACGAUUGACUUCCCAGAGUUUCUCAACCUGAUGGCUCGCAAGAUGAAGGACACUGAUUCUGAGGAGGAACUCAAGGAAGCUUUCAGGGUUUUCGACAAGGACCAGAAUGGAUUCAUAUCCGCAGCUGAGCUCCGCCACGUGAUGACAAAUCUCGGGGAGAAGCUAACUGACGAGGAGGUUGAUGAGAUGAUCCGUGAGGCCGACGUGGAUGGUGAUGGCCAGAUCAACUACGAGGAGUUCGUCAAGGUCAUGAUGGCCAAGUGAGGAAGGAAGCAACUCCCAUGUUGAAUUUUUUAAGUAUUUAAGAUUUGAUCAAAAAAUGAAACAGAGCGGAUUAAGUUUGAUGAGAUUUCUGUUUCUGCUAGAUGUGCUUUUGACAUUAUUAGCUUUACCUGUUUGCAUUGUUUCAAAGUGCUGUUUUUCAAUAUAUGCUUGUUUUUGGUGUUCCA